AUGGAGUCGUCGGAGAAAGAAACCGACCUAUCUCAAGGCGAUACAGGCGCAAUGGGGCAGGAGACACACGAGGACGAAGAUACAAUACUCUCCUGCCAGACCUUGGUGAAUUUCAUGCCCUUCGUCGGCCAGCUGUUCGUCUCACAGGACGCUGCUUACGAGUUCUACUGCUACUUCGUCGCCACCGCACCCACGGAAAAGACGGCAUCGACAGGGGAGUAA